GGAGCACCAGGCCUGUGUGCAGAGGGACUGGUCCCGGCAGCAUGGUUUCUGCCAUGGCCCCCAGCCUCGCCGUGUCGCUGCUGCUGCUCCUGCGGGUUCUGCCCGUGGGGGCCCACUCCGCGCUCAUGCAGGGCUCCUUACUGGAGGACAUGGGGGGCAGUGGGGAGGCUGAUGGCUCCUCAGCCUCCUCCCCGAGCCUCCCGCCCCCCAGGACCCCAGCCCUCAGCCCCACGUCGGUGGGGCCCGAACCUACGCCCCUGGCGGGCCCCAAGCCCCCCACCAACUUCCUGGACGGCAUCGUGGACUUCUUCCGCCGGUACGUGAUGCUCAUCGCCGUGGUGGGCUCGCUGGUGUUCCUGGUCAUGUUCAUCGUCUGCGCUGCCCUCAUCACGCGCCAGAAGCACAAGGCCUCCGCCUACUACCCCUCGUCUUUCCCCAAGAAGAAGUACGUGGACCAGAGUGACCGGGCCGGGGGCCCCCAGGCCUUCAGCGAGGUCCCCGACAGGGCUCCCGAUGGCCGGCCGGAGGACGCCCUGGACUCCUCCCAGCAGCUCCAGGCUGACAUCCUCGCCGCCACCCAGAACCUCAAGUCUCCCGCCAGGGCGGCCCUGAGCGGUACAGACGGAGCCAGGAUGACGGAGCGCAGGUCGGCGGGAGAGGAGCCGGGCAGCCCGGAGGAGGACCGCGAAGCCCAGGGGCGCGGGGUCCCAGCGGAGAAGCCAGAUGUGCCCGAGGAGCCGUGCUCAGCGGUGGCAGCGGGGGCUGUGGGGGCCCGCGAAGGCCCAGGGGAGCCAGAAGCGGCUCCCUCAUUAGCCCAGGAAGCUGGGGAUCCAGCUGGCACCCCCGAAAGCCCCUGUGCGUGUGGCAGUGUCACCCCUAGCGUCUAACAGGCCUCCAGGGCUGUGGCCCUGACUGUCGGACCCCUCGUGGUCCCCUCUGUGGGCAUAGAGAGGCCCUUGGCCCUUAAUGCUCCGAUGCCCCCUCCUUGCCCACCCCCAGCUGCAAAUCCCAGCAUGUCCUGAUCCUAAGCAGGCAGAGGUACUGGUUUCGGGUCCACCCUGUUCUAGAAUCUCACCAAGUUCUAGAACACUUGCCCCUGCUGCCCCAAAGGCUACAUCCCAAAGCACAGCUCGCCUGGGGAGGCGGGGCCAGGGUGUGUCCGGUUACAGACACGUCAAUUAGGAAACACCCGCAGGUCCCUUGCGGCAGCGCCAACGUCACCAUCGAGGAACAAGAGAACACAGACUAACGUGUUGGAGACUUUAACCAGCAGGAGCAGAAGUGCCCGGGGCUGCCCCAGAAGCUCGCCUGAUGGGUCGGGAAGCUUCUAGGAGGGCCCCUGCUCACUAGUGCCAGGUCCUUGAACGGGCAUUUCCCAAACUGGGUUCCCCGAAGUCCCCUGUGGAAAAAGGAUUGGGGAGUCCAAUGAGUGGAGGCAACACCGCCCCUCGACCCCCUGCGCCCCCUUGGAGCACCCCAGGGCUCCGGCAAGUCCUACAGUCAGGGCCCCUGGAAGCUGGUCGCCCUCGGCCUUUCCCAAACUGCUCUGGACCGCGGAGCACUUUGUGAUUUUGUUUUAGCAGCUACAGUGUAAACUGCCGCGGAACACGCUCUGGAAACGACUGCUGUCGAUGUUCCCAGGGUGCCCCGCAGUGGCUGGUGGGGC